AUGCCUUCUCCGUUUGUUGCCGAAAAUCUCAAUUUUUACCGCUCUUUUUUCUCAGAAUGAGCCGUUACGACGUUGUUGUGUACGGAGCGUCCGGAUUCACGGGAGCCUACGUCGUCGAAUAUCUCGUGGCUUCCGAGCAAUUCGAAGGACUUUCGUUCGCCGUCGCCGGAAGAAGCGAGAAGAAAUUGAGAGAAGUGCUGGCAAAUGUGAGCCAGAAGACUGGAAAGGAUGUGAACGGUGCAGCGGUGAUUGUCGCCGACUCGGCCGACGAGAGAUCGUUGAAUGAGAUGGCCAGACAGGCGAAAGUUGUCAUCAACGCCGUCGGACCGGUAAGAAACAUCCCCGCCCUUCAAUUCCAGAUUCUACUGAUCUUUUCUUUUCAGUACCGUUUGUACGGAGAAGCCGUUGUGAAAGCGGCCGUCGAGAACGGAGCCAGUCACGUUGACAUCUCCGGAGAGCCAGCUUGGAUCGAGAAGAUGCAGGCCAAGUACGGAAAGGAAGCCGAAAGCCAAGGAGUUUACGUCGUUUCCGCCUGCGGGUGGGACUCGAUUCCAGCCGAUUUGGGAGUCAACUAUCUCAAGAAAAACUUCAACGGAGACCUGAACCACGUGGAAUCGUUUGUUCAACUCCUCACCGGACCGUCUGGCUACUCGUUCAACGCUGGAACCUACCAGACUCUGAUUCUCGGACUCAACGGAGCUGCCACCGACAAGUUGGGAGCCGUCAGAAAGGAAAUAAUGCCGGAGAAGAUCGUCAGAGGAGCGGUGAAGGUUCCGAAGAGACCUACUCUUUGGGAGAUCACGGAGAAAGAGCUCGGAGGAGUGGCGGUUCCGUUCCCGGGAGCCGACAAGUCGAUCAUCAACCGCAGUCAGUACUACGACGCGACCGUCCGUCACGUCCGUCCGAUUCACAUGGAGACCUACAUUCGUCUGAGCGGAAAGAUUUGGGGAUAUCUGAUUGGAAUGUGGAUCAUGCUCCUCUCCGUCCUUGUCAAGUACCCAUUCACUCGUCGCAUUCUCCAGCAGUACCCGGAUCAGUGCAGCUUCUACAUGUUCAAGAACUCGGGACCGAGCAAGCAGCAGAUGGCUGAGGCCUCCUUCGUCUACUGGUUCUUCGGAUACGGAUACAAACAGACGCUGCCGAUCGACCAGCAGCACGAGGGACGUCCGGAUCGCAAGGUGGUCGCCACGUGCAAGGGUCCAGAUGCCGGAUACAUCGCCACCAGUGGAUGCGUUCUCUCGGCUGCCCUCACCCUCAUCCGUGACACCGAGCACCUCCCGAAGCAGUCAGUGAUUCUCUCUUUUCUGCUUCACUCAUUUAUUUGAUUUUCAGAGGAGGAGUCUACACGACGGCCGCCGCAUUCGGAGACUCCAAGAUCUACGACUACCUCGCGUCGUUCGGAAUCACCUACCAACUGGAGUCCGAAUAUGAUCUGUGA